AAACACGCAUCACGAACGAAGUCUCUGUUUUUGGUUUGCAAUCUCCGGAUCCGUCGUGACUGACGGCAUGGCUGCUUCCAAUGGCUUCGUCGACGGCGCAGCCACCCCCACUCCUUCGGAAUCGGCGUUGAUCUUUCUCGGCACCGGUUGUUCUAGCAUGGUUCCCAAUCUCAUGUGCCUCCUUCAACCUUCCAACCCUCCCUGCUCCGUUUGCUUCCAGUCAUUGUCUACCCCUCCCGAACGAAACCCUAAUUACAGGUGCAACACGUCUCUCCUGAUUGACUACUGCGGCGACGCGAGCGAUCACAAGUAUAUAUUAAUCGAUGUUGGAAAGACCUUCAGGGAAACAGUGCUUAGGUGGUUCGUUUCCCAUCGGAUUCCCAGAGUUGAUUCUAUUAUUUUAACUCAUGAACAUGCUGAUGCUGUCCUUGGAUUGGAUGAUAUACGUGCUGUGCAGCAUUUUAGUCCAACAAAUGAUAUUGAUCCCACACCCUUAUAUCUAAGUCAACAUUCAAUGGAUAGCAUAGCAGAGAAGUUUCCCUAUUUGGUUCGGAAAAAGCGUAAGGAAGGAGAAGAAAUACGAAGGGUUGCUCAAAUUGACUGGAACAUUAUUGCUGAUGACUGCAACCAACCUUUUUCUGCAUCAGGAUUGAAAUUCACUCCUUUACCAGUUAUGCAUGGAGAGGAUUACACAUGUUUGGGCUUUCUUUUUGGUGAGAAAAGCAGGGUGGCUUAUAUAUCUGAUGUUUCCCGGUUUCCUGCUAGUACAGAGUAUGUCAUCUCAAAAAGUGGGGCUGGACAGUUGGAUCUUCUUAUAUUGGAUUCAUUGUAUAGGACUGGGUCACAUAAUGUUCACCUUUGUUUUCCACAGACUCUAGAAACUGUGAAGAGAUUGUGUCCUAAGCAGGCACUACUUAUUGGUAUGACUCACGAGUUUGAUCACCACAAAGACAACGAGUUUUUGAAGGAGUGGUCCAAAAGGGAAGGAAUUCCAGUGCAGCUUGCUCAUGAUGGACUUAGAGUCCCCAUAAACUUAUAGUAUGGAAAGGUUAAAGCAUGUGACAUUGUAUCCCACACACUGUGAUGUUAAUUAGACUGUAUUGGAGCAUUAAUAUUCUUUACAGGAUCCUCAUUUUUUGUAGUAUUAAAAAGCCACAUUUUUGCUUAAGGUGGCAUUCCUGUAUAACAAUGAUAAUUUAUUUUGAUGGAAAUCCCGAUUCUUCUAAUUAAACUCGCGAAAGCCGUGUUAAAAUAAUU